AUGGAGCAGAGUGGCGUGGAUAUUAUUUACCUGUAUUGUUUUGGAGGCCAAUUCUACAAUUAUUUUAUGCAGCUUCCGACUGGAACAUCUCGUCAAAGUUACCCAGCUACCAGCUAUCAGGACUUCAGCAACUGGGAAUCUCUAAUGAAAAUCAAAGAGGGACUGCUAAGACAGAAAGAGAUUGUGAUCGAUCGGCAAAAGCAGCAAAUUAACAAUUUACAUCAGAAGAUAAGGGAGAAUGAAUUACGAGCUCAACACGCAAGACUGAGCCAUCUUGUGAACUGCGAAGAACCUUACAUGACUAAUUUGCAGCAACCGCAGUAUGAGAGCACACCACUGCAACCUCACGUUUCAGAAAGAUCAACAUCCCACCUUGAGGAGCUUGAGCGAAAGAUUGCGGCAGCUGAGAAUAAGGAAUUACAACUCAGUGAAUUUGUAAAACAAAUUUCAAACAAAUCUAGUGAGGAGAAAAAGAAGAUGGAGGAGAAACUUAAAACUAGAGACCGAUAUAUUAAUAGCCUGAAAAAGAAAUGCCAGAAAGAGUCUGAGCAAAACAAAGAAAAACAAAGACGAAUUGAAACCUUAGAAAAAUAUCUGGCUGACCUACCAACGCUGGAUGAUAUAGAAGGGCAGACUAAACAGCUGCAAAUUCUAGAAGAGAAGAACAAGCAACUUCAAGAAACUAUGACUGAGUUAGAAAAGAAGCUCGGAGAGGCCCGAUCGCAGUGCAGAGAGAGAGAAUUGCAACUGGUGUGUCAGAAGAAAAAAGAAAAAGAGCUGGUCACAACAGUACAGAGUUUACAACAGAAAGUAGAAAAAUGCCUGGAAGAUGGUAUUCGCCUUCCCAUGUUGGACACAAAACAGCUUCAGAGUGAGAAUGAAUGUCUGAAAGAAAAGAAUGAGAAAGCCAGUAAGGUCAUAGAGAAUCAACAAAAUCAGAUAGCUGGACUGAUUUUAGACAUGCAGUCUAUGCAAGAGAAGCUUUUGCAAGAAAAGCUGGUAGUUCAGAAGACGACAAAUGAGCUUGAAGAAAAAGAAAGGAAUAUAGAGCAGUUAAAUAAAACUCUCUCUGAAAACCAAAGACUGAUGGAAGAGAAUGCCUCCCUGAAGGAGCAGAUGCGGCAGGUGGAGCAGUCCAGGCAGCCAGUAUCUGAGAAGAUGCCUAUAGCAGACCAGUUGUUCAAGGAAAUGUCCCAUUGCUUGUUUGACUUGAAAGCACUGUGCAGUAUUCUUACCCAGAGAGCUCAGGGCAAGGAGCCUAACCUUUCCUUACUGCUGGGAAUCAGAUCGCUGAGCUGUUCAGCUGAAGAGAAUGAAAAUUACCACAGCACAGAAACUCUUUCGAAGAAGCUCUUGGACGUUUGUCAGUUACGAAAGGAUAUUGAUGAAUUAAGGACUAUUAUAUCGGACCGUUACGCUCAGGACAUGGGGGACAAUUGCAUUACUCAAUGACAACAUUUCAUCUAGUAGCAAAUGACUUAUUAAAUGCUGCUGUGUCACAGG